AUGUCCUCAUCUCCUAGUCUGUGGGUAUCUCCCGGUCGAUCGAGGCAGUUCAACGGUCACUCUAUCGACGGAAGCCUCCCGCCGACACCCAUAUCACCCGGUGGACCUCUCAUUUUGCACAUGCCGCCUGCUCCGGGAUCACACGUCUUCCCCUCGCCUGCUGCAAGCCCCAAGGGCGAAACCGUACCUCAAUCAACGUGGGCUACAGCUGACUCUCCAUCUUUGACCAUGCGGUCCAAUCGAACUGCAGCGUCCAGUACUCGAUGGGCUGAUCAAGUUACCGACUUCUACGAGGGCAACAUGAUGUCGUUGUCGUCUUUAUCUCUACACACGCACACCUCGGCGGGCAGCGCCAUCAGCGAUACCGUUACGGUACUGAAUCCUGAGAUGGGAUCUCCCAUUGCUGAUGCUCAUCACAAGCCGUCGACGUCCUACUCUCCGAUCACGCCCAAGUCAGAUAGGAACUACCCGCAAGCAGUCGAUCCCAUAACCUCGACGUCUCGUGAAAAUGCUCCACCGACAUCAGAUGCCGACGGCCAGCCAGACCGCACCUUCGUCAACCCUCAUGUAGUCCCGUACAUUCCUGGAGAUCGACGCAGGGAGAUCGAUCCAUCAACCGUGUUCGUGGGCGGACUUGAUAUGCCAGGGCGUGAUGACUGGGAUGAAAACACACUGCGCCAAAUCUUUGACCGCUUUGGGGUCAUCGAGAGUGUACACAUCGUCAGGCCUCUCAACAAGCGUACGGCAUUUGCGUUCGUGAAGUUCACAAGCCCUGAAGCAGCCAAUCGCGCUGUCCAAGAAGAGUACACGACGGCUAUCCUAUUCGGGUACAGUUACGGGACCGCACUGCUGCCCCUCGUGGUAAUUGGCGUCCAGGACGCGGUCGCGGGCGGGGAUUUCUUGGCCCUCCUCAUCUUGUCAGGGGAGCCUCCUCCGUUGGCGCUGCAGCCGCCUUCCAUGGUGGCGCCUUCCGCGCGACCAGUUCUCCCAUCUUCGUGGAGUGAGCAUGAAUCCCGGUUUGUCCACGCCGACCUGACAGAGGACGCCCUGCGUGGACGUAAAUUACAGGAUGCUGCUACCGGCAGCACCUCGUCCAUAUCCUCCAGCACUACAAAGGUUCCAUCUUUGCGGUACGAGACCUCCUACGGAGCCAUAAGCACGACUGCCUCCCCGACCCCUCCGCCCUCCAGCUCUUCUGUGUCUACACCAACCUCCUCGUUAGGUCCUGUGGCCCCGUACCCACUGAACGUGGGAUACUUCCCUCCUCAGCCUUGGGUCCAGCCGUACGCCCCUUCGUAUCCUUACGCCGUUCCUAUGGUCCCUGGUUACGGGUACGCAGGAUAUACUUAUCCGCCCAUGCAGCCUGUGGCCUCUGCUUUCUACGCGAGAGAGCCGGGUCAGGAUGCUACGAACCAUGUCGCAGGCUGUACGGGACCUGUCUCGGCCGGAGACGGCACGUAUAAGGAUCCUGACAAUCGCGCCACCGUCGCGCCUUACCAGUCUGUGUCCCAGCCACCACUGAGGGCAACGGGCUUCAUUCAAAACGAGCAUGGUACUCUUAUUCCAGUCUAUCAACGCGAGGCUUUGGACCAGUACAUGGCUAGUGCUUUUGGGGGUCAGGGGCCUCCAUCGCAACAGAUUCCUCCACACCCUGUCACGCCAUUUGCGCCCUCUGGCGGUACCCCUUGGCACCAAGGUCCCGCGUUGCCAGUACAUCCAGGUGGCUAUCCGGUCGGCUUUCCCCGCGUAACCCAGCCUCCCUCGGGACCACCGGGACAGCAUCGGUUCUGGAUGCCCUGUCCGGUUCCUUACGGUGGCACAGCGCUUCCAGCACCGAACCUGCCUCCGUUUUCGACUCCUUGCGCGCCUGCUUCCUUGGCCCCUCGGUCCUCCUCUGAGACGCUUGAUGCGUCGGGAUCGGUAUCACGCGCAGGGGACGUCUGA